UUCUGCGCGAAAAUAGGUUAGAUUCGUAUCCAAUUAAAUUUUUUACUAAAAAUAUUUUAAUGCAGGUAAAAUGCCGCAGUGCGUUGCCUUGUAAAACAAAGUCAUUAAAUUACUAAUUUAAAAUACUACUGGUUUAUUCAAUUACCUGUAUAUAGUGAUCGUAUAUAAGUAAAAUAUUUGUUUGUUUUUCUAUUUGAAAAUUUGUAAUCUUAUCUAGCCCAAAGUUAACCUCAGAAAGUGGCUAAAGGCUAUAAAAGUUAAUGAAAAUUUAUAAUGUAAAUAAUGGCUGUGCAAAACAAAGUUCUGUACGCUUUUCGUGGCUGGAUAGCUUUUGUAGCUUUCAUGGAUUUAGGGACCGCCGGUCGGUCUUAUAUCGAAAGGCGGUCUUUUUUGAGCAAUAAUGUCGAUAAUGAACACUUUGACGGAGAUUUUUCAACGUCUCGCAUGCUGGGCAUGUACUCGUUGCUCAAAGCACUUGCUCUUAUACACUGUACCCUUUACAUACAUUACAGACCUGUGGUGUCAAUGGGCUACUGGUCUUUGACCUUGACCAUUAUACUAUACUUCUCCGAGGCCUUCUACUACCAUUCAACAGACCUGAACUUCUACAUAGUCUUCCCGUGCAUACUAAAUAUAAUAACUCUAGUUGGCCUGAUUUACCUGCCCAGCAAGCUUAAACUCUUCGGCAGCAUACCAGGCAUGUCGGGCAUGGAGCGGGAUCUUGAGGACGAAAAUACCCAAAUAUUAAGACAGAUGGGAAACUUCAGGAGGAGAAAGGCACCGCCUAAGAACAAACACGUCUGAUGAUCAUGGAAUCCGUUCCUACAAAAAAAGUCAGAAGCUUUAUACGAGCGAAGAGUUUGAUAAUAAGGUAUGAAAGGUGUACGCGUGUCAGUGGCGACUUUUCCUUAGACAGUUGUCACGUAUCGUCUAUAUAAGCAGCGACAGGACGCGUAAUUGAAGUAUGUUACUUCAUACAUACCUCGUGCAUUUUAUAGGAAUAAACAAGACGCCUGUCAAACGUUUAAUUUUCUGAUUUACAGAUAACCCAAGUCCUAGUCAUAGAUUCAUACCAGUAUGGUUGUUCGCUAACAUAGCCAAGCAGUUUACAAGUCAUAUGUUUUAUCUUUUUCUCUACCUCUUGAAGUUGGAGAGAGAGGGGUGAGAUAAGUUAUAUGCCUUGUAACAGUGAAUAGCCUUGCAGACUACAGACAAGAACAAAUACGAUUUUGUAUACCUAGACCUUGGCGUGUCUCAUGUAAAUCAUAUUUACGAGGACCGAUAUGUUCCUACCAAUAUAUAGCACUAUCAAAGGAUCAUAUGAAUGAAUCCUUCAAAAAGAACGUUUAGUGUUUUGUUGUAUCUCUUGUCUUUGGUCUCAAUUCUUCAAUAUUGGUCAGUCUGUCCAGAUUACCCUGAAGCUAACGUUCUGAACAGUCUUUAACUUUAAAUUACGCUUUUUCUGCAUAUUCUCUAUUUGCCAAGGCUAGUUACAUGUCAUAUUAAAAACUGAGAUUUUUUGUAAUGUUCUCAGGAUAUUCUAAUGCAAUAAUCAGAAGAAGUAUUAUUACCAUGAAGUUGAUUUUUCUGUUUUAGUUCCAACUUCAACGUACUUAAUUCCUUA